UGCCUCAGAAGGGUUCUUGUCUCCAUCUUAAAGCAGAAAAAUCCAAAGGCGGAUCAUAAAGACUACAGGUCUCAAGUAGCUGGAUGACCACUUCCAUCGAAGAUGGAAUUAAACUCCACCCCAAUGGAGCAGCUCUCUGCAGGAACUCAGACUUACCACCUCAGGCCACGCCUCGAGUUGAGAGAAACAGAGACUACAAUUCCCAUGAACCCUCGCGGCAUCGCGUGGUGCCGGUCGCGAGCUCGGGCGCGUAGCAAGCUGCCGCUGGAAUUACUCGGGACGUCAGGACUGCGUCUCUCGAGGCGUCUAGAGCCCGUCCAGGUUGGCUACCCGCGCUGAGCAGCCCUCCCUUCUCCGUCGCGGAUGCCGAGCGUGGCGCUGCUUCGACGCCUGGUGCCCAUGGCCACCCGCGUCUGUUCGUCCCGGGGCUGCGCGGGAUCAGCGACCAUCGGUCCGGUCGAGGCUGCCAUCCGCACGAAGCUGCAACAAGCCCUGAGCCCCGAGGUGCUGGAGCUGCGCAACGAGAGCAGCGGCCACGCUGUUGCCCCGGGCAGUGAGACGCAUUUUCGCGUGGCCGUGGUGAGCUCUCGUUUCGAAGGACUGAGCCCCCUGCAACGGCACCGGCUAGUCCACGAGGCGUUGUCGGAGGAGCUGGCCGGGCCCAUCCAUGCCCUGGCCAUCCAAGCCCGCACCCCCGCUCAGUGGAGGGAGAACCCUCAGUUGGACACUAGCCCUCCCUGCUUGGGUGGGAGCAAGAAAACUCGAGGAACCCCUGCCCCCUAAGAGAUGGGGAGGACCAGGAUCUGAAGGGGCUGGGUGAGAAUGAACUACCUCAACACUUUGGUUUGUAAUGAUGAGGACCCUUGGGCCCCAUUCAGUUGAGGCAUACAUGUUCUCUAGUAGCUUGUUUUUCCGUGUGACAUUGUCCAUAAGGAAUUGCACUUCUCCUGAUUAUUAAAACAUUAAAGACAAGUUACCCUAUGAGGUAUGUUGCAGCGUACUUAA